GACAGUAGAGAUGUAGACUUCAGUUCAGAAUGAAGAUCUUGGUUUUUCUGGUCCUCCUGGGUCUACACAGCACAGCAGCAGUAAUUCACACUCUGAAGAAAUUCUUCACUGCGUCCUCUCAAGUCCCAAACUUCCCGGAGUUUGUGGUUGUCGGGAUGGUCAAUGAUGUUCAGAUACAUCACUAUGACAGCAACACCAUGAGAAAAGAACCCAAACAGGACUGGAUGAACGGAAUCACAGAAGAUGAUCCACAUUACUGGGAGAGGGAGACUCAGAUCUUCAUGGGUCUCCAGCAGGAGUUCAAAGGCAACAUUAACAUUUUGAAGAAGCGCUUCAACCAAACUGGAGGUGUCCAUGUUUUUCAGUGGAUGGUUUGCUGUGAAUGGGACGAUGAGACUGGAGAGGUUGAUGGUUUCAGACAGAUUGGUUACGAUGGAGAAGACGUCCUAUCGUGGGAUGUGAAGACAAAUACAUGGAUCGCUCCAAAACAACAGGCUGUUAUCACCAAAAACAGUUGGAACAAUGACAAAGAAAGGUUGGCAUAUUAUAAGAACGUCCUCACCCAGGAGUGCCCUGACUGGCUGAAGAAGUUUAUGAAGUAUGGGAGGAGCUCUCUGAUGAGAACAGGUAGAAUCACAUCACACAACAAUGUUAAUAUGUUAAUAUUCCAAUUAAUAUGAACCAACAUACAGAGACCUGCUGAGUC